AUGUAUAUCCAAUCUUUUUUUCAUACUUCGCGGAGCAUCUGUUUGUUUCGCCACCUCACUUACAAGAGACACUCCUCCUCGAAAAGAUGGCAAGCCCGUCAGCUCAAGGAUCACUUCACAAAGGAGGCUGUAGUCCAAGGUCUGAAGAGCCGUGCAGCUUUCAAGCUUUUUCAAAUUGAUGACAAAUAUCGCGUGUUCCAGAGCGGACAGACUGUCGUUGACCUUGGAUACGCCCCCGGCUCCUGGUCACAGGUAGCCGUGGCUCGAACUGAACCUGAUGGCAGGGUUUUAGGGGUUGACAUUAUUCCAGCCCAGCCUCCCAAGGGCGUUUCUACAAUUCAAGGCAAUUUUCUUGACCCCGGAGUUCAGAACUACGUUCGUAACUUCGUGCGUGACCCUAACAGAGGCAGGCCACGCGUUCUGGGUGCACGCAGUGAUGACCAGCUCAAAUUCGACCAAGAGACCCCCAUCGGGAUUGCACAGAUGUCUACAGAAACUACUGCACUGAAUCAGGCCAACGAGAGAACAGUUGAUGUGGUCUUAAGCGAUAUGUCUGCUCCCUGGCACCAAACUACUGGGUUCGGAAAGAGAAGUCUAAGUGAUCCCUAUGAUAGGAUGAUGAAUACGAGCGGCAUAAGCUUCAAAGACCACGCUGGCAGUAUGGAUUUAUGCUAUGCAGCGUUACAGUUCAGUCGUGAGGUUCUCAGGACCGGUGGCCACUUCAUUUGCAAAUAUUACCAAGGCGCCGAAGAGAAGGCGUUUGAAAGACAGCUUAAAGAUCUCUUUCAAAAAGUCUACAGGCAUAAGCCAGAAUCCUCGCGUAAUGAGUCGAAAGAAUCAUACUUUAUUGGAAUCAGUCGCAAAUAA